AUGUUGGGGCUAAACUACACCUCCGUGUCUGAAUUCAUCCUCAUCGGCUUCUCCACCUUCCCUCAGCAUCUCCUGCCUGUCUUCUUCCUGCUCUUCCUGCUGAUGUACCUGUUCACACUGCUGGGGAACCUGCUCAUCAUGGCCACCGUUUGGAGCGAGCGCAGCCUCCACACCCCCAUGUACCUCUUCCUGUGUGCCCUCUCCAUCUCAGAGAUCCUCUACACCUUCGCCAUCAUCCCGCGCAUGCUGGCCGACCUGCUCUCCACCGACCAUUCCAUCUCUUUCAUGGCCUGUGCCAGCCAGAUGUUCUUCUCUUUCAUGUUGGGUUUCACCCACUCCUUCCUGCUCACCGUCAUGGGGUAUGACCGCUACGUGGCCAUCUGCCACCCCCUGCGCUACAACGUGCUCAUGAGCCCCCGAGGCUGCGCCUGCCUGGUGGCCUGGUCCUGGGUUGGUGGCUUACUCAUUGGGUUGCUGGUGACAUCUGCCAUUUUCCAUCUCACCUUCUGUGGGCUCAAUAAGGUCCAUCAUUUCUUCUGCCAUGUGCCCCCGCUAGUGAAGUUAGCCUGUGGAAAUAGAGUACCAGGAGUGGCCCUGGGGGUGGGCCUAGUCUGUAGCAUGGUCUUGUUGAGUUGCUUUCUCCUCAUCCUCUUGUCUUACGCCUUCAUCGUGGCCGCCAUCUUGAGGAUCCCUUCAGCUGAGGGCCGGCACAAAGCCUUCUCCACCUCCUUCUCCACAUGCGCGUCCCACCUCACCGUGGUGGUCGUGCACUACGGCUUUGCCUCUGUCAUCUACCUCAAGCCCAAGGGGCCCCAGUCUCUGGAAGGAGACACGCUGAUGGGCAUCACCUACACGGUCCUCACUCCCUUCCUGAGCCCCAUUAUCUUCAGCCUCAGGAACAAGGAGCUGAAGAUUGCCAUGAAGAAGACCUUCUUCAGCAAUCUCUACCCCUCCAGCAUCUGA